AUCAAAAAGACUACGGAAGAAAAUGAGGAAGUAGCCUACAUCUCUAAAUAGUCGACAAACCCAGGAAUUGACAUGCCAUAUUUCCCGGACUGGAAACAUUACAGCCAUUAUAGUUGAAUUAAGGACCAUGUCAUCCCGCGAGGGAGGAGGAGGAGGCGGGGCCGAGGCUGCUAAACCCGUGGCCAUGGCAACACAAAUGUCGAUGGCCGGUCACUGCGACAAAGACAACAACCGGGAGCAUGGGGACGAGGUAGCAGGAGAAACGGGCGAUACUGCCGGCACCAUCACGGCUGCAGCUUUGCUCAAGGCCCACUCGCUGGACGUGAACUUCGAGGUUGGGGACGAGUAUGAAGUCAUAGAGACCAUCGGUACCGGGGCUUAUGGAGUUGUGUCCUCUGCUCAGAGACGGGAUAACGGUCAAAAGGUUGCAAUUAAGAAGAUUCCCAAUGCCUUUGAGGUUCUGACAAACGCCAAGCGCACGUUGAGAGAACUGAAAAUCCUCAAACACUUCAAGCAUGACAACAUUAUCGCAAUCAAAGACAUCCUGCAGCCAAGCCUCCCUCACUCAGCAUUCCACUCCGUGUACGUGGUCCUGGACCUGAUGGAGAGUGACCUGCAUCAGAUCAUCCACUCCCGCCAGCCACUGACCUCUGAGCACACCCGCUACUUCUUGUACCAGCUGCUCCGAGGCCUGAAGUACGUGCACUCAGCCAACGUCAUCCACCGCGACCUCAAGCCCUCCAACCUGCUGGUCAAUGAGAACUGCGAGCUGAAGAUCGGCGACUUCGGCAUGGCGCGCGGCCUCAGCUCUCACCCGGAGGAGUCCCACCCGUACAUGACGGAGUACGUGGCCACGCGUUGGUACCGUGCCCCGGAGCUCAUGCUCUCCCUGCACCACUACAGCCUGGCCAUCGACCUCUGGUCCGUGGGCUGUAUCUUUGCAGAGAUGCUGGGCCGCAAGCAGCUGUUCCCCGGGAGGCACUACAUCCACCAGCUGCAGCUCAUCAUGUCCGUGCUGGGAUCCCCGCCGGACAGCGUGACAGAGGCCAUCGGCUCGGACCGGGUGCGGGCCUUCAUCCGGAACCUUCCGCCCCGCGCCCCUGUGUCCCUGGCCAAGCUGUACCCCCAGGUGGAGGCGGAGGCCCUCAGCCUCCUGGAGGCCAUGCUGUGCUUCGAGCCCCGGGGGAGGAUAGGCGUGGCUCAGGCUCUGCAGCACCCGUACCUGGCCAAGUACCACGACCCGGACGACGAGCCCGUCUGUGUGCCCGCGUUCGACUUUGAGUUUGACGAGCAGCCCAUGAACAAAGAUCAGAUCAAGGACGCCAUCCUGGGGGAGAUCCAGGACUUCCACCACAGGAAGCAGGGCAGCCAACAGAGGCUGCAGUUCAGGCCCCUGACCAGGGGGGAUGGGGGCGGGGGGGGAGGGGCGCGGGGUGCGGACCAGAGGAACUCUCAGGACUCCGUGGUGGCCAGCUGCUCCCUGGCGACCCUGUCCCAGCCUCUGCAGACCGCUAUCCCAUCACAGCGGCACGCGGCUCUCGUAGAAAGCGCUCAACAGCAGACGCAGAGCAACAGCGAGAUCCACAAACGACCUGAAGGAAGCCAGGCUUUUGCCGACUUCAACGAACAAGGCAUCCCACUUGUGGAAGUGACUCCACCCCCCUUGACCCACGCGUUGCCCUGCUUGAAGAAAACGGAGAGCUGCCAGGAUGUGGACAUGCCCAGUGCCAGCUCGGACAGCGGCCAGCCGGAAACCAUCGACCUGACCACACCUGUGUCCAGCCGGGAGACGUCUCCCUCCACCUCCAUGAGGGAGUCCAAGGGGGAGGACAAACGUCUGGGUGAGGCCUCGCGGAGCCAGCCCAUGUGUCAGACGCUCUCCACCUCAACACACACCAUGGCUCCCUUCCUCUCCCCCGUGCCCUCCCUGGCCAUGUCUCAGGCCCAGGCCCAGGCCCUGUCCCAGACCCUCUCCCAGUCUCUCUCCCCCGUGCCCUCCCUGGCCAUGUCUCAGGCCCAGGCCCUGUCCCAGACCCUCUCCCAGACCCUCUCCCAGUCUCUCUCCCCCGUGCCCUCCCUGGCCAUGUCUCAGGCCCAGGCCCAGGCCCUGUCCCAGACCCUCUCCCAGACCCUCUCCAGGGGGGCCAGGGCCCCCACGGGGGCCGGAGAGGGAACCAGGAAAGAGGGAACCAUAUCAGCUGACACAAAAGCAGCCCUCAAAGCUGCUUUGCUCAAGUCUGCUCUGAGAAACAAAGCCAGAGAUGGUGGCUGUACGGCGUUAGGCUUGGAGAUGGGUGCAGGCCUCUCCUCCUCCCUCUCCUCCUCCUCCCUCUCCUCCUCCUCCCUCUCUGAGCGGCGGCCAGUCACAGCCCAGGGACGUCAGAGAGAGAGGGAGGCGAAGAGGCGGAGGCGGCAGGAGAGAGCGAGGGAGCGAGAGAGAAAGAUCCAGGAGAAGGAGAGGAAGGAGGGGAAGCACGGGGACUGUCUAGGCGGGGUCAUCUUGAGUGACAACGACAAGAGCCUAUUGGAACGCUGGAAAAAAAUGAUGGACGCUCGCAACGACAAAUUGCAAGCCUCGGAUGCUGACAGAGCGAAAGCGAAAGACUGCGGAAUGAACUGCCACUCAAGAGCUGAGUUGGACAGCUGCCUCAGAGCAGCGGGAGGGUCGAACCCUCUACAGAAGGACAAGGAUUCGAGGAGUUUCCCGCCUCAGAAACCAGUGGAGGACCAUCUUCCAGGGAUCUUUCUUCCUUCCAGCACCCAGUUACUUCACUCUGUCACCCAGACAAAGUGCUUGGAGAUUGGCAUGGUGGCUGUGAAUGGAGGUGUGGAUGGAACGGGGGCCACGGUUGGCCUGGUGAACAGCCACCUCCAACCCCAGGGAGAGAGCGGAGGCCUGGGUGGCUGCAGCUCUCUGGGUGGCUGCAGCUCUCUGGGGGUUUGGCCCGGCCAGCAGGUCAGGUCCAGUUCAUCCCAGCAACAACUUCCUUUAACCAGGCCAUCCCAGGAGCCCCAGACUUGUUUGCCCCAGCCCCUGCCCCAGCCCCUACCUCAGCCCCUGUCUCAACCUCACCAUCCACCCCAACCUCAACUUCUGUCACUGGAAACCUUUUUGAGCAAAGCCCCAUCCCUGUUACAUGUCAAUGGCAACACCCACCCAGCAGCUGCUGUCGCUGGGCCCCUGGGGAAGCUGGGCUCCUCUGUGGGAGAGCCGCCCGGAGCCCGACAGCAGAACCAGGCCUGUGGGGGUUCAGGGGCCUCGUCUCAGCCCCAGCCCAGCCAGGUCUUCACCGACACUGGGCAGCCCGGGCCCGCGGGGGCCCCUGACAUCCACACAGUCACCCUGCAGCUGUCCAAGUCACAGGUGGAGGACGUGUUGCCUCCAGUGUUCUCGACCACUCCCAAGGGCAGCGGGGCAGGCUAUGGAGUGGGCUUCGACCUGGACGACCUCCUCAACCAGUCUCUCACCGACCUCCAGCACACUGACCUCAGAGACUGUUACAGUGACUCCGCCCCACUCUCCGCCUCACUGCUGUCUGAUUGGCUGGAAGUCCACCGCAUGACCCCGGCAGACUUGGAAUCUCUUCAACAGGAGCUGCAGCUGGGAUCUCCCAUGAUCCUCUCUGAUACCAUACCUCCUGACACCUGACUCCCAAACCCCCCCUCACACGGGACUUGUUACCAAGGAUUGAAAAGGAGCUCCCAUAGAAGAAAUGACAUUAAAUAUGACGCACGUUUGUUAGCUGUAGUCAUGAAGACUACAGCGCAUGUUGCAUGUGCCAUGGUUUUCUAGCUUUCUAUUUAAUAAAAUGAAUUGUGUAA